AUGCUCGAGCGCCAGGCACUGGGCCAGGCCGCAUCGCUUGGGACCCUCUAUGAUGCUCGAAGUGACAUCUUUAUUCCUUUGUCACUCUUUAAGGCAGCGCCUCCCGUUGAUGGCGAUGCUGUCACAACCACCCGCGUCCCUAGUAGCAGCGUCAGGAACAGCGACAAGGACGGUCUCAACUACAAAUUCUACGAACUGGGUAUCAACCCUAACCUAGGUGCGAGCUACCUUGCUGGAUUCCUCAAUGUCAACGGGUCCGGAUGCUACCUCGACGCCAAACGCGACACCCAUCUCGCGGCUCACGCGUCUUUGACCUACAACCUCACGACGGUCAACGAAGCAAUCAACUUCGAGGCAUCCCAGUUGAAAGACACCUUCGAACUGCGUGUUCUUCAAUUGGGCCUUGCAACGCACAUUGUGACGGAAAUCACCUGGGGCGCCCGAAGCAUCGUCACGGUCCAACAGUCCCGACCGCGAGAAGACCAGGAGAAUGACGACGUAAUACGUGAAAUCGAGGGCCACGUCAAAGGGCAGAUAUCACGGCUUGGCGCAGCGAUAUUAUCCGGCAGAGACGUCGACAACCCAAUCGACACCCGGGACGAAUCCGAUUCCUGUGGGAUUGCCAUCUAUAGCGAUCUCGAUGCGGCGGCCAAUGGAUGCGUUCCCGUCAGCCUCGCCACCGCCUCCAGCUUCCUCAGAGACGUGCCCAAACAUGUGGCAGAUACCAAUGACGGGAAAGGGAAGCCCGUGGCAUACAAGCUACUCCCCAUCUCUGAAGUUUACGCCCUUCUCGAGUGUGGCAUCACAUCCCAUCUCACCACAUCCCAUCUCACCACCAACACUAACAAGCCUCUCAACCCCGACCACGCUUGGAAAAUUUCUCGCGUAUUUGACGUAUUAGCCGAUGCAUACCGCCAGUUGAGGGAUUAUCAGUCCACGUGGCCAGAGUUCCGGGACUACGUUUCUCAACUCGAUAUUCAAACUGUUGACGACGAUAUUGAGCGGAUCAGGGCUGCCGAAAAGAGCCUGCAGUCUAGUGUCGCCAGGGCGUUGAUAGACGUGCGUACCGGAAAGACCGACGAGGCUUCUUUGUGGGCGACAUGCGACGGCUUUUUCGAGAAAGAGGAGGCUCAUUGGUCGUCAAAGAGCAGCUCGAUGGAGCAGCUAGACGAGAAGAUCCGAGUCAUCCGUGAGCUCGUUUCCACCGGAGCAAAGUAUAUCGGCUUCAACGGCCUGUCGCUUGACCUUGCUCUAAGAAGAAUUGCGAAAGACGUCGACGUCUAUGUUCUUUACUUUUGCGACGAGGCGAGGCGUAACAACACGGUCAUCUGGCAACAGAACCUCGAUCUCAUUCGCUACGUCCUCAACAACCACGACGAUCCGGCUCGCCCCCCAGCGCGUGUAAUUCUCAAAGACUGCGAGUAUGUGGACAAAGCCAGGGUCGUCCUCUUCAGGAACGCUGAGAGAAUCAUCGACGAUGUCUGGGCAGACAGACCGGAGUCUCUGAACAAAUUCAGCGCACAAUAUUAA